AUGGAGGCGGAUGGUGGCGGUUGUGCCUCUCGCUGGGGCGCCACCACCAUGUACAAAGGAGCCCUGGGCAAUCUCGCGCUCCAUAGCCUUGAAAGCCUUGAACUCAUUCAUUGGAAUUCUUGCAACUGUACGAAAGCUUGCAUGUUUGUCGACUGCAAGCGAGAGCCGGGACUGGGCCCAACACCGCCGACGGCUUUCGUCACUCACCUCUCCAACCACAAAGUUCUAGAGGAUGACAACAUCUUCCUCCACUUUCAGGGCGAGAACCUGGCACCAGACGGUAUGCAGGACUCGCAGUGGCGAGAGCGGCUGUAUAUGCCCACAAGUGCCGACGGAGCGGUGCUUUGUUAUCAUCGCUGGUUGGAGCAGUUCUCUGAAGGUGGCAUUGUCUGGGCUCGGCAGCGUGAGCGCAGGCAGUGGGCAAGCAAGUUUGAACUCCUCGAGCGGCGCUACUCCCACACGGAGCAUUGCUCCAGCUGCUUGAAUGCACUCCAUGCGGCGGACACGCUGGGGAAGCUGGCUGAAGUGACUGUGCUUUUGGGCGUAUUGAGCAUCUCUUUGUUUCCAAGCUUUGCGUGGCCCUUGGCGGCGCUGACAUUGCUGAGCUACAUGAUGAAGCAGGCUUGCAGCGGCCUGCAGCAGCAGCUCACGGUGGGAGAGUAUCCGCCUCCCAGAAACCAAGAGUGA